UGCAUCGUGACUUCUUAUCACUGGCAAAGUCCCCUGCAACUCCGAUCAUUUCUCCUGCUGCUGCUCGCCGCCCGAAGGCGCUCUUUCAGGUGUACGGCACUCAAGAACAUAUACUCAAAACAUGGCGACACGGCAGCCGCACAAGAUGCCGCUCCGUGCACUUUUUACGAUAUUUCUCUUCUUCGUGCUGGUUCUCGACUGUUCUUCUUCCUCGCUCUGGCUUCGCGAAGACCAGCGCUUCAUGUUGCCGCAAAACAGGGGUUUUUCAUGGGUGAACACGGACGGCCAAAAUCACGGUAUGGGUACCGAGACUUGGAGGCAAGCGUUGCACCGAGGGAGAGAGCGGAGAGCGGCACCGCAAAUGCACCAGCACGAUAACCGCAGGAGUGCGUCAGACUCACCGCCGCUCAAGGUGUAUGGAAAGGCCGAGCUGAACGACUCCCACAAUCAGAUGGUGGUGCACUGGGCCGGGGAGAAGAGCAACGUGAUCGUGGCCCUAGCCAGAGACAGCAGUGGGGCUUCAGGGCCCAGGACCAGCUCGGUCUAUGUGUCCUAUGACUACGGCACCGCCUUCGUGGACAUCUCAAACAACUUCCAGCUCUCUGGUGAAAAAGUGGGCAACAAGGAGGCCAUUGCCCAAUUCUACCACAGUCCUGCCGAUAACAAGAGGUAUCUCUUCGCAGACACGGCUAACAGCUAUCUUUGGAACACAUUCGACUUCUGCAAGACCGUCCGGGGCUUCUCAGUCCCCUUCAAGCCCACCGACCUGCUGCUGCACAGCACUAGACCCAACCUGGCACUGGGCUAUGACAGCUCUCACCCCAACAAACAGCUGUGGAAAUCGGACGACUUUGGCGAGACGUGGGUGCUGAUUCAAGAACAUGUCAAAUCCUACUUUUGGGGGGUGGAGCCGUACGACCCUCCCACCACUGUGCUGGUGCAGCGGCACGAGCCGCAGGGCGUGUCCAGCGUCAUCAGCAGCACCGACUUCUUCCAGAGCGAGCAGAACCGCCGGCUCAUCCUGGAGCAGGUCGACAGCUUCCAGCUCCGCGACAAGUACAUGUUCGCCACCACCACCAGGACGCUGCUGGGGAGCAAGGAGCCCUCCUCUGUCCAGCUGUGGGUGUCCUACAACCGUCAGCCAAUGAGAGCCGCCCAGUUCAUGACCCGGCACCCCAUCACUGAGUACUACAUCGCUGAUGCUUCUGAGGACCAGGUGUUUGUGUGUGUGAACCACAUCAACAACGUCACUCACCUGUACAUCUCAGACUCUGAGGGCCUGUCCUUCUCGCUCUCCCUGGAGAACGUGCUCUACUACAGCCCAGAGGGCACCGGCAGCAACACCCUCAUCAGGUACUUUGCAAACGAGCCUUUUGCAGACCUGCACCGUGUGGAGGGUCUGCGGGGAGUCUUCAUCGCCACGCUCAUCAACGGCUCCCUGAGUGAGGAGAACAUGCGCUCUGUCAUCACCUUCGACAAGGGGGGCACCUGGGAGCUGCUGCAGCCCCCUGCUGCCGACAGCCUGGGGGGCAUGCUGGACUGCCAGCUCUCUAAGGGCUGCUCUCUGCACCUGGCUCAGCGCUGGAGCCAGCUGCUCAACGUGCAGCUCCGCAGAAUGCCCAUCCUGUCCAAGGAGUCUGCGCCUGGCCUCAUCAUGGCAACAGGAUCCGUGGGCCGCAGCCUGGCCAACAAGCCCAACGUGUACGUGUCCAGCAGCGCAGGGGCGCGGUGGAGAGAGGCCCUGGCUGGCCCUCACUUCUACUCCUGGGGAGACCAUGGGGGCAUCCUGAUGGCCAUUAUGCAGGGCAGCCCCACCACCAAGCUCAAGUUCAGCACAAACGAGGGGGAGACGUGGACGGAGUUCCAGUUCUCCUCCAGGGAAGUGUACGUGUACCAGCUGCUGACGGAGCCGGGGGAGAAGAGCACCGUCUUCACCAUCUUCGGCUCCUACGCCUACCAGGAGCACAGCUGGCUCAUCCUGCAGGUCAACGCCAGCGACGCCCUGGGUGUGCCGUGCACAGAGGGAGACUACAAGCGCUGGUCUCCGUCUGACGAGCGAGGGAACGCCUGCCUGCUGGGCCGCGAGAUGGUGUUCAAGCGUCGCACGCCCCACGCCACCUGCUUCAACGGGGAGGACUUCGACCGGCCCGUCACCGUGUCCAACUGCUCCUGCACACGACAGGACUACGAGUGUGACUACGGCUUCAAGCUGAGUGAGGACCUGUCCCUGGAGGUGUGCGUGCCUGAUCCGGAGUUUUCGGGGAAGCUGUACGCUCCCCCCGUACCCUGCCCGGUGGGCACCACGUACCGCCGCAGCAAAGGGUACCGGAAGGUGUCAGGGGACACUUGCAGCGGGGGUGAUGUGGAAGCCAGGUUGAACGGAGAGAUGCUACCAUGUCCUGUGGGAGAGAGCAACGAGUUCAUCCUUUACGCCAUACGAAACUCCAUCCACCGCUACGACCUGUCCACUGGCAUGGACCAGCCUCUGCCCCUCUCUGGCCUGCGGGAAGCCGUCGCCCUGGACUUCGACUACGAGAUGAACUGUCUGUACUGGGCUGACAUUGCGCUGGACACCAUACAGAGACUGUGUCUGAACGGCAGCUCUGGGCAGGAAGUCAUCGUCAGGAGAGGCCUGCAGAACGUGGAGGCUUUGACCUUUGACCCCAUCAGCAGGCUGCUGUACUGGGUGGACGCCGGGUCUCAGAAGAUUGAGGUGGCCAAUCCUGAAGGGGACCUGCGCCGAACCCUGCUCAACUCCUCCGUGCUGGAGCACCCCAGAGCUCUGGUCCUGAUGCCUGGGGAGAGCCUGAUGUUCUGGACGGACUGGGGCGAGCGUGCCGCGGGGGUGUACCGCAGCUGGAUGGACGGGUCCAACCUCUCCUGCAUCGUUUCGGAGGGGGUGCGCUGGCCCAACGGCAUCGCGGUGGAUGAGCACUGGCUGUACUGGACGGAGGCUUUCGGGGACCGCAUCGAGAGGGCGGACUUCGACGGCAAGCAGCGCAGCGUGCUGAUGGAGGGCCUGCCCCACCCCUACGCCAUCGCCGUCUUUAAGAACGACAUCUACUGGGACGACUGGUCCAGGAUGGGCAUCUUCAAGGCCCCUAAAUCGGGCUCUUCGGACGGCGAGCAGCUGGUGGGCAGGCUGUCGGGAGUCAUGGAUCUCAAGAUUUUCUACAAGGGCAAAACCAGAGGUCACAACGCCUGUGCUGACCAGCCCUGUAGCCUGCUCUGCCUACCCCAACCGGGCCACCGCCAUACCUGCGUCUGCCCAGAGGGGGCGCCCACCACCCAGCUGCCCUCGGGAGAGGUGCAGUGCCAGUGUCCCAGCGGAUACCGGCUGCAAAACAACACCUGUGUGAAGACAGAGCACACCUGUCUGCCCAACCAGUACCGGUGCUCCAACGGCAAGUGCAUCAGCAGCAUCUGGAAGUGCGACAGCGACAACGACUGUGGGGACAUGAGUGACGAGCAGGAGUGCCCCACAACCUCAUGUGACCCGGCUGUGCAGUUCCGCUGUGUGGUCUCAGGGUCUUGCAUCCCUCUGGCCUUCAAGUGUGACCACGAGGACGACUGUGGAGACAACAGCGAUGAGGAGCACUGUGAGAGUCACCAGUGCGGACAGGGAGAGUUCACCUGCGCUCGGGGUGUGUGCAUCCGAGAGGCCUGGCGCUGCGAUGGAGACAACGACUGCAGGGACUGGUCUGAUGAGGCCAAUUGCACAGUGGGACACCACACCUGUGAGGCCAGCAGCUUCCAGUGUCACACAGGCCACUGCAUCCCACAGCGCUGGGUGUGUGACGGGGACGAUGACUGCCAGGACGGCUCGGACGAAGAGCCUUCGCAUUGCGGAGGACCUCACUGCAAUGGCUUCCUGUGCAGCAACGGCACCUGUCUGGCCUCCAGUGCACACUGCAAUGGUGUGGAAGACUGCCCAGGGGGCGCUGAUGAGCAGCACUGCGAUCCUCUCUGCACGCGCUACAUGGAGUUUGUGUGCCGGAAUCGCGCACAAUGCCUCUUCCAGUCAUUGGUCUGCGACGGCGUCCGUCACUGUGCUGACGGAUCUGACGAAGACGCCAACUAUGCUGGCUGUUCCGGGAGUCCUGAGUUUGAAAAGACCUGCGAUGCCAACAGCUUCCAGUGUGAGAACGGGGUGUGUGUGAGUCUGGAGUGGAAGUGUGACGGCAUGGACGACUGCGGAGAUUACUCCGACGAGGCCAACUGCGGCUCUCCCACAGAGGAGCCCGGCUGCUCGCGGUACUUCCAGUUCGAGUGCGGUAACGGCCGCUGUGUGCCCACCUGGUGGAAGUGUGACGGGGAGAACGACUGCGGGGACUGGUCAGAUGAGUCUGAGUGCACAGGAGGGGUCACCCCCCACACCCCGGCCCCUGGCCCUCUCACCUGCUCCCCUAACCGAUUCCGCUGCGGCUCGGGGGCCUGCAUCGUCAAUAACUGGGUGUGUGACGGCUAUGCCGACUGUCCCGACGGCUCCGACGAAGCGGGCUGUCCCACAGGCUCCAAUAGCACGGUGGCUUCGCCCACCACCCCUCCCACGCGCCCCCACCCUCCGGGCCGCUGCAGCAGGGGCCAAUUCCUUUGCCGCCACCCCCCUACCUGCAUCCCAGACUGGCAGCGCUGUGAUGGACACAGCCACUGCCGGGACGGCUCCGACGAGACCGACUGCCCGACCCGCGGGCCCCUGGUCUGUGUGAACGGGACACUGUGCGCCGACGGCGAGGCUUGCGUGGCCGACAGCGAGCGCUGCGACGGCUUCAUCGACUGCUCCGACCACAGCGACGAGGACAACUGCUCCACCGACUCCCGCGUCUACAAAGUGCAGAACCUGCAGUGGAGCUCCGACUUCUCCGGCGCGGUGACCCUCACCUGGUCCCGGCCCAAAAACCUGCCCCUCUCCUCCUGCUCCUACAUAGUCUACUACAGGUUGGUGGGGGCGCAGACGUGGACGCCAGUGGAGACUCACAGUAAUAAGUGCAGCUACAGCCUGACGGUGCUGAGGCCAGACUUCACCUACCAGGUGAAGGUGCAGGUGCAGUGUCUCAGCAAGCUGCACAAGACCAACGAGGUGCUGACACUGCGCACGCCCGAGGGAUUGCCAGAUCCACCUAGAGAUUUGCAGCUGUCCCCCGACAAAGGAGAGGACGGCACUGUGGUCUGUUCCUGGAACCCUCCCGACAAAGCCCACGGUCUGAUCCGGGAAUACAUUGUGGAGUACAGCGAGAGUGGCAGUGUGGAGUGGUCGUCCCAGCGCAGCACUGGCACCAGGGCGGAGGUCAGAAGCCUGCACCCCAGCGCCCUCUACAGGUUCAGAGUGGCAGCUGUGACCAGCCGUGGUGUGGGUAACUGGACGGAUGUGAAAUCCAUCACCCCAGAGAAAGCUCUGCCGCCCCCUACAGUUGCUGUGGACAAAAAUACAGAGGACUCCAUCACCCUGACUUUCAGCUUCAGCUCCCAGUAUAAGGUGGACCAGUACAUGGUCCUCUUGUCCUGGGUGUUCAACGCUCACGUGAAGGAAAGCAGGAAUUUGACUACUGCGGAGAGGACUCUGACAGUGACUAACCUCACCGCUGGGACCACGUACGAGCUGGCUGUGUGGGCCCACACCAGCGUAGGAGACAGUCCCUCUGUGCUGACCUCUGCUGUGACACAGGGCGUCCAGCCUGCCCCGCCCGUCCUCAAGGCCCGUGCUCUCAACCAGAGCUCUGUGGACUGCAGCUGGACCGGCCCGGUAGCUGAGAUGUACGGCGUGUUCUUCUCCACCUCCUUCCUGGACCUGUACCGCAGCCCCGGCAGGCAGAACAGCAGCAGCAGCAGCCUUACGGUCACCGUGGACAGCGGCGAGCAGUACCUCUUCUUCGUGCGGGUGAUUUCACCCUACAUGGGUCCUCCCUCUGAAUACGCCGUGGUGAAGAUGAUCCCCAGCGGCAGGCUGCCCCCCCGCAACCUGCACAGAGUGCGGGUGGAGAAGACCCAGGCCACGCUCAAGUGGCAGCCGCCCUACGACUCCCCCAGCACCCCGCUGACCUACGUGGUGCACGUGAAGGACAUGAUCCGAAAGACGGAGGCCAACUACAGGGUGAACACACAGAACAACACGGUGGAGUACAUCCUGAAAGGCCUGGAGCCGGGCGGCCGCUACAGCGUCACCGUGCGUCUCAACAACAUGAGCAAGGAGGCCAGCUACACCCUCAAUACAGUUCCCCUGGCGGCUCCGGAGGCCCUGAAGAUCCUGACAGAGAGCGAUCACGUCUUCCUGCUGUGGAAGAGCCUGGCGGUGAAGGAGAAGAGCUUCAACGAGAGCCGGGGCUACGAAAUCCACGUCUACGACAGCGUGACCAACUCCACCUCGUGCCUGGGCAACACCACAGACACCGUCUUCAAGGUCACCAGCCUGCUGGUGGGACACAACUACACCUUCUCUGUGCAGGCACGCUGUCUGCUGAACGGUCAGCUGUGCGGGGAGCCGGCCCUGCUGCUGUACGACAGCCUGGGGACAGGCCCGGGCGAUAAGGCGGCCUCUCAGUCAGGAAAGACGGGGGACAUGGCGGUGGUGGUGGUGCCCGUGCUCUUCCUGCUGCUGCUGGCCCUGUGCGGGGGACUCGUGGUGCUGUACAUGAGACACCGGCGCCUCCAGCACAGCUUCACAGCCUUCACCAACAGCCACUACAACUCCCGCCUGGGCUCGGCCAUCUUCUCCUCUGGAGAUGAGCUGGGUGACGACGACGAGGACGACCCAAUGAUCAGCGGCUUCUCCGACGACGUUCCCAUGGUGAUAGCGUAGAGGGAGGGGGUGCGCUUUGCACCCUACUACCCAGCCCCGGCCCCCAAUUCCAAACUCGUCCCUCUCCCCACACCCUCCACACCCCUUGUUGCCCUAACGCGUCCCUCUCUGAUCCUGGCCGUGUGCCAAGGGUGUGCCAGCGCCCCCUGGAGCCCGCCUGCGAGGGUCCAGGAUUUAAGGAAGAAAGCGAAAGAAAAAGAAAGAGAUAUUUUUGAAAUUUAUGAUGCACUUUUUUUCGGAGGCGCAAUAACUUAUUUUUUUAUAUACUAUAUAUUGUGGGGAAAGGACUUGUAGGCGGAAACUGAAGCAGCCAGCUGUGAAGGAAAUGAAUUUCGUCCCCUACCGAGCGCUGGACCAGCGUGAGACAGACCGCUCACCUGGGCUGCAGGCUCACCCAGCAGAUCACCUGAAGCCAAAACAGACACUUAUCAAACCCAUACAGCCAACGCAAAAAUACACACCUGUAUAUACAGUAUAAUGUGAUUUUUCGAACGCUCUGUGAAAAGAGGAGGGUACUUUGGCUCUUUGGAACACGGUAAACUGCACAGGGUCAGUGUCGCUGGAAAUGGCACAGUGGUGUUUUUCAUUUCACACCCUUAAUGAAGUGGAAUAAAUUGGUCAUGCAAUUAGAACGGCGAGAAUUAAUCAGAAGUUAAUUAAAAAUCCACAAAGAAGGAAGCGUAGCUCAUGCUCAGUAGAGCACAGGUCUUGGUGCGUACGGAACCACUGGGAGCAGUGGUUGAGGUAUGUCAGUGGAGAAAGCAGUUGGAACUCUUUUCUAUUAUAUUGGCUAGCUCUCAAAAGAGUCAACUGCCCUUAAUGGAUGUUUCCCAAAUGCGUAUGUGUAGGUACUUAGAAAAUGUAUCUUCUCAAAAUUCAGCACAAUAUCUUAGGACCAGUCUUGUAACAGAAAACACUCUGACACUGGAGGUCCCUCAAAGGCAGUUUGACUUCAUUCAAAACCUGUGAAGGUCUACUGCACACUGCUGCCGCCUGUCAGUAGAACUGCCUCCACAUCAUUGGUGUUAUCAAAGAAAAGCUUCAUUUACUGUAACAUUGCAUUUCCAAAUGGCCUGCCAAAACUAUUGCAGAGUGGCUACAAAUUGCCCCUCCUCUCCACAAAGAAACAAUGCCUGCGCACCAUGAGGUGGGUUACCAUCUCCCGCAUCCGUGCUGUCAGGAUGUCAGGGUCUCUGCAGUGAAUGUACUCCAGCUGAUGUGCUCAGGGAAAGGGAGUCUGAGUCCGCAGAGAUGCUGACCCUCCACAGUCAUCCCAACCAUAGUCCAAGGCCCUGCCGUCUGAUCACGUGAGAAUGAAACCGCUUCUGUGUCUGCUCUUAAAGCAGUUGAGGGAGUUUUGGCGACAGUGACCUCUGUGCAGUGCAGUCUUACUACAGAGCCCAAACCAUUUAUGUGUGUUAAUGUGCCAAGCUUGCAGAAAAGGUUUAAAAAUGGAAAAAAAAGAAAAUGAUCGCUGUUUCUGUAAGCCCCAUCCCCCCUCACCUCCAGCCCCAACCUCCACUAACUCCCAAGCCUCUUGUUGUUCAGAUUGAAAGGAGAUAUGUGUGUGCGUGUGUGCGUGUUUAUUUUGUAGAUGAAGAGCCAUCGUAACUGGAAGUGGGGCUUUUUUCUUUGUAAGAUUUGCUUUAUGAAUGUAUUUUAUAAAUGUAUGAUUCGGCUCUGAGGCAAUGUGGGGAUCGGUCAUGUUUUCCGACCCGUUUCUGCAUGACCUGCCCCUUCACGGCAAACAGACACGCCCUCUGUGGGUUUUUAGGGUGACGGUGUCAGGUGUGUCUCGCACAGAUGAACACCUGCCCGCCUGAGCCCUCCACCUGUCCCCCAGGUAAAGAGCGGGGUCGGCCCGCAGCGAGCACUACGACGCUGGCCCCGGCGCUCUCCGUCUCAUCACUGUCCCCAGCUGUGUCUGUGCGGGGGUGUCCCCCCCGUCGCUGUCUCGGCCCCCAUCAUUGCAGGGCUGCUCUCUUCCCACUGUGUUCUCGUGACGUUCUAAAGGUACUCGUGUUUUACUUUGUCCUUGCUUGUCGUUACUAUCGGUCCAAUUGAGAAUCGUAGUGAAUACGGCAGUAAUAAUGGUGUCCUUCAGUGCGAUCUGACAUUUUUUUUGUUCUUCGGUUUACCACUUAUUGCCUUAUGGGAGCGCACUGAGUUUGUAGGUGUUGUUCACACAGACACAUACACACGGAUUUGAUGUGACACCUAAGGUUAAUGGCCUGUGUCUUGAAUGAUAUUUUGACCUCGUUACCAGUAAGCAGAUAUUUGUGGGUCUGUUGGAUAAAUCUGUCCUAUGUAAAUUUUCGAAGGUCCACAAGUCUGUAACAGCACGGCACAUAUCCCACCGAUUUUAUGUAAUCUCCAGUCAUAGUUUAUGUUUUUGUACAUUCUCUAACAAAUUCUUGUUCUUUGUUCUGUCAUUUUACCUUAAUUUUCCACAUGUGAAUGAUUUAUUUUGUUUUCUGUAAAUUUCAGUGCUUAAUUGUUUUUAUUGCACAAAAUAUAUUGGGACACCACCAUGUUUUAAAAUGGAUCUCCCUGGUCUAAAGGGUUUUAAGGGAAAUACAAAUCAAAUUGUUUCAGGAGAGGUACAGUUGAAGUAUGUUUUAAGAACUGCGUAUACUGAAAUAAACUUGAAGUUGUUUGA